AUGGCUUCAGAGGAUAAUGUUAAAAAAAGGGCCCCAUCCCCUGUCCUUAGCCCAAUGGUGAAAUUGUAUUUGUUCUCAUACAAUGCUCUUCAGUUCCUAGGGUGGAGUUAUUUGUUAUAUCAAGUAGUGAUUCAUUACGCCUCCGGAAAGGAUUCUUCAUCAUUAUGGGAAGCAGUUAAAUUUACAUUGAUGGUAUUCCAAAAUGCAGCUGUUUUGGAGGUUUUGCACGUAAUGCUUGGAUUAGUGAAAUCUAAUGUUGUCAUAACUGCGAUGCAAGUUGCUUCCCGGGUUAUGGUUGUUUGCGGUGUACUUUCUGUUACGCCAACUGCUCCUCGAAGUAUAGGAUUACUUCUCCUUCUAAUUGCCUGGUCGGUUACAGAGAUUAUUAGAUACCUCUACUAUGCAGUCAACAUUUAUACCAAAGUUCCUUUUUUUAUAGUCUGGUGUAGAUACACAUUCUUCUAUGUUCUUUACCCUGUCGGAGUAACAGGUGAACUUCUUUGUUUUUAUGCUGCUCAGAAAUUUGUGAAACAGCACCAUCUAUGGUCGAUGGAUCUACCUAAUGUGGCAAAUUUCACUUUUAGUUAUCACUAUUUUCAGCUUGCCAUUAUGGCAUCUUAUUUACCAUUGUUUCCAAGGCUGUAUCUUCACAUGGUCUCUCAGAGGAAAAAAAUAAUUGGUGGAGAAUCAGGGCGAAAAUAG